AUGUGGUUUUCCACAACAUUCACCCCACUCAAUCCUUGCGUCUGCAUUCUUUUGACUUUUCCAGUUGAAAGCAGAUCCAGAGGAAGAAUAACGCAGAGAGAACAAUUCUGUGACGAUGGCAACCAUCUGGCCUCUUCUUCUUCUGGCAACGGCUAUGCUGUAGGAAUAUUUGUUGCCGGGAUUCGACAGAAGACUGAGGUCUGGACAGCCAACAGAGACAAUCCUCCAGUUCCUGGUGAUGUUAAAUUGCACUUCAUAAGCAAUGGACGGCUGGUUCUGCAGACGGCACAAGGCAUGGAGACGGGAAUCGCCGGUAAUACCGAAGGUGUAGCAGCGGCAUCGAUGCUGGAUACGGAGUUUCGACCACCAACCAACACCUUCUUACCAGGUCAGAGGCUCACGACCGACGAAGUGCUGCUUUCCAGUCGUUCGGACACCGACCACUCAAUAGGCAUUUUUCGUCUCAUAAUGCAACAAGAUGGCUGGCUGGCGAUGUACCCCGUUGGAACCCCAGUCGAACUUGAGUAUGGUUAUUGGGGAGCUGGUGUUUCUGGAGAAGGAACUGAUGUGACACUGAAUUUUGAUGCUGAUGGUCGCCUCUACUUGCUCAAUGGCACCGGCAUAUCAAUAGUGAACAUUACAACGGGAAAUCCAACAAAAGGUAUUUUGACUGCCCAAACCAAGCCAAUCUACUGUUUGACACUUGACCCAGACGGGAUCUUGCGUCAUUACUCGCACAACAUGGAUCAGAAUUGUGUUUGGAAUGUCACAUGGUCAGAUCCAAAAGACGUGUGUGACCCUAAGGGUCUCUGUGGCAUCAAUGCAUUUUGCGAUCAAGAUGCUGGUUGCGAAUGUCUACCCGGAUUCAAACGUGUUAACCAAGACAGUUGGGCUUCAGGCUGUGAAAGAAAUUUCGAUUCUAAAAGUUGCAAAAGCAAUGAGGCAGUUACUGGAUAUACCAUGGAAGCAGAGCUUCAUACCGAAUGGCAUAACGAUAGCUAUUCAAUCCUAACAUCUUCAACCCAAGACGCCUGUGGAGAAGCAUGUUUGGGGGACUGUAACUGUGAAGCUGCGCUGUACAAAGACGGGGAGUGCAGAAAACAAAGUCUUCCUUUGAAAUUUGUAAGAAGAAAUCUGAGUGACUCAAGCGUAGCCCUCAUCAAGGUAGGUACGUCUCCAAUCUCUCCGGAUCCAGGAGUGCCGAAAGUGAUCAAAAAGAAGAAUCGAGUGGACAUUCUGAUUAUUGGCGUUUCAUUGCUUUCAUUUGCAUGCAUUAUCUUGGCAGUUUCUGGAAUUGUAGUUUACAAAUAUCGUGUUUGGCUGUAUAGAAACAUAUCUAACGCUCUUUGA